UCUUAUCCUGGUUCUAGUGCUUGCUAAAAAAACACAGCUCCUCUCAUAUUUUUUUCUCUAUACAAUCUCUCUGGCUUUAGCUUGAUUGUUAAUUCAGUUGGGUCUUCAACCAUGUCCUCUUGUUCCCCAUUACCACUGGCCAUGAGCAUUUCCCCACUUCCCAGUUCCCAGAAGAGAGCUCUUCCUUCCAAACUCAUGCGCAUCCCCAAGGAGCCACACUUCAAUCAUGACUUCUCUGCCACCAAGAAACUACUGGCUGGUGUGGACUUGGUUGCAGACUUGCUAGGUGUCACACUUGGCCCUAAGGGGAGGAAUGUUGUGCUGGGGAAUAAGUAUGGCCCUCCAAAGAUUGUCAAUGAUGGUGAAACUGUUCUUAAGGAGAUUGAAUUGGAGGACCCUUUGGAAAAUCUUGGGGUGAAGCUGGUAAGACAAGCUGGUGCAAAGACCAAUGACCUUGCUGGUGAUGGCAGCACUACCUCUAUUGUUCUUGCUCGAGGCUUAAUUGCCGAAGGUGUGAAGGUUCUCUCAGUUGGAAUGAAUCCUGUUCAAAUUGCACGUGGAAUAGAGAAGACUGCAAACGCUCUUGUUUCUAAACUCAAAUUGAUGUCACGCGAGAUCGAAGACCAUGAAAUUGCACAUGUUGCAGCAGUAAGUGCUGGGAAUGGUCACACAAUUGGAAAUAUGAUCGCUGAUGCCCUGAGAAAGGUUGGAAGGAAGGGUGUGGUGAGAAUAGAGCAAGGAAGAUCCUUGGACAGCAAUCUGGAGAUUUUAGAAGGGAUGCAACUCGACAGUGGAUAUUUGUCACCUUAUUUUGUUACUGAUCGUGCCAAUAUGUUUGUCGAGUUUAUUGAUUGCAAGAUACUUUUAGUCGACAAGAAGAUUGCGGAUCCAAAAGCGAUGUUUAAGGUAUUGGAUGGUGCAGUGAAAGAGAAGUAUCCACUCUUGGUUAUCGCUGAGGGUGUCGGGCAAGAAGUUCUAGCUCUGAUGAUUAGAAACAAACUUAAAGGUGUGUUUAAAGUAGCUGCUAUUAAAGCUCCGAGCUUUGGAGAGGGCAAGAGCCAUUUCUUGGAUGACCUUGCUAUACUGACAGGAGGAAAAGUUGUCCGUGAUGAGAUGGGAUUGACUCUUGAAAAGGCUGGGAAAGAGGUUUUAGGUAAUGCUGCAAAAGUGGUGAUAACGAACAAUUCUACAUUGAUUGUUACAGAUGGAAGCACCAAGCAUGCAGUGGAAAAACGGGUUCAUCAAAUAAGAAGUCUAACUGAGAGUACUGAAGAGAAAUUCAAAAAGAAAAUACUAAAUGAAAGGAUAGCAAGGUUGUGUGGUGGGAUUGCUGUUAUCCAGGUAGGUGCACAGACAGAAGUUGAAUUGCAGGAUAAAAAGCUUAGGAUUGAAGAUGCUAUUAAUGCAACCAAGGCUGCGAUAGAGGAAGGUGUUGUUGUUGGUGGUGGAUGUACUCUAUUAAGAUUAUCGACAAAGGUGGAUUCAAUUAAGGCAUCUUUGGACAAUGAUGAGCAAAAGAUUGGUGCUGACAUCUUCAAACAUGCCUUAAGUUAUCCCUCAAAAUUAAUAGUAAAAAAUGCUGGGAUGAAUGGCAGUGUCAUUGUUGAGAAGAUUUUGUCCAUAGAAGAUUUAAGGUAUGGCUACAAUGCAGCUAAGAACCGUUAUGAGGACCUGAUUGCAGCUGGAAUUUUAGACCCAACAAAGGUAGUUAGAUGCUGUUUGGAGAAUGCCGCUUCAGUUGCAAAGACCUUUUUGACAUCAGAUGUUGUUGUGGUUGAGAUGAACCAACCUAAGCCCAUCCAUAUGAAAAUACCUCCGUCACCUUACAAAGUGAUGUCAAAACCAGGUACGGCCCUGAAAAUUUGAAGCUGAAGCUUGGAAACAUCAAGCGAUUAAUCGGCCUUAUGAUGAUCAUCUGCUUGUUUAUGCAUUCCUUCUGUUCAUAAAUCAGGCAUAUUGGCAAGGGGAAUGUUGGCUGUGAGUUUGAAUCAGAUAUGUCAUGCAGUGAAAUAAAUAAGAUAAUUCUUCCAAUAGGGAAGUAAAAGCUCAAAAGACAAGUCCACAAUCCGAGUUAUCCAGGAGAGUGUUCGAGGAUGGAAUGUCUAAAUUGCGCCUGAUAGAAGUGUUCUUUUUUGUAAACAUGUUUAGAUGCAAAUGCUGUUAGAAAAACAAAUCAUUAUGUGAGUGACGAGUCAUUGUUAGUUUUGACUCUUUCAAGUAUGAAAAUGUUCAAUUUAGCCCUCCCGUAAUUUAAAUGAAAAUAUUUUUUUCGGUUCUUUUAUC